GUGUGACGUCCCUCGUGGCCCGCGCGCUCUGCAUGUCUUCGCCGUGCCCGGGCGUGCUGCGUCCUAUUGGGUGGGUUGCUGGUGCUGCUGCUGGUCCGGCGCGCGCAGUGCGCGCAGGAUAAAGGCGGGCAGGGCCCUGGCUUGCGCUGACUGCUCUCUUCCGUCCGUUCUGGUUUUUACUUACUCUGUGAGAUUGUUGCUGCGCACUGAGUUGCAGACGCAUCAUGAGGAGCGGCUUCUCUGUCAAUGCGUACACGCCGUCGCAGGUCGUCGAGAUCAUUUCGAGGGCCGGCGUGCACAAGGGGAAUAUGCAUCCGUUGAAGGUGUUUGUCAGCGCUGUCAGCGCGGGCUGUCUGCUGUCGUUUGCUGCGGCUUCGUGCUUGACUGCGAAUACUUCCCCUUGGCUUCAAACAAACGCCCCCGGCCCUGCACGGCUGCUAGGCGCCCUCGUCUUCCCCUACGGCCUGGUCCUGAUCGUCUUAACUGGCGCCGAUCUCUGCACCGGGACAUUCAUGUACACCACCGUCUCGGUCCUGCACCGCCGCCUCUCCCCCUGGCGCAUGCUGCUCCACUGGGUCCUCUGCUUCUGGGGCAACCUCGCCGGCGCCCUCUUCAUGGUCGCCAUCAUUUUUGGCUACGGCGACGUCUUCGCCGCUGACCCGUACAAGUCCGAGGUCAUUGCGUUCAGCACGAAGAAGCAGGUCGCCACUGAAUGGCAUGCCAUAUUCCUCCGCGCCAUCGGCUGCAAUUGGCUUGUCUGUCUAGGCUGCUUCUUCGGGAUGCAGGGCCGCGACCUGACGAGCAAGAUCGUCGGCAUGUGGUGGCCCAUUUUCGCCUUCGUCUCCCUCGGCAUGGACCACGUCGUCGCCAACAUGUUCUUCAUCCCCAUGGGCAUCUGGCUCGGCGCCCCGGGCAUCUCCGUCGGCCUCUACGUCUGGAAAGGCAUCAUCCCGGCCCUGAUCGGGAAUAUCAUCGGUGGCGCCCUGUUCAGCGGGGGCUACUACUGGCUGAUGUAUGCGUACAACCAGGACGCGCCGCCGAUUGAUGGCGUGAGGUAUGCUGAGCACGAGGAUGUGGAGAAGGGGAUGGAUUCACAGCAGGAGUACGUGAAGGAUGAUGAGCUGAUGCGGACCAUUUCGAUUUUGAACGAGGUUCGGAGGGUGAGGGAGAUUGGGGCGUGAAAUGAUGGAGACAAACGUAUCUACUGGCCUAAAUGCUUACCUAUGAAACGGG